ACUGGGCAGGGAGAGGCGGACAAUGCUGAUAGACACUAUAGUCUAUGAACGGCGGGUGCUUCUAGGCUGCACGGGUGCAGUGGGACUCGCCGUACUCUUCUGGGUAAUUGCUUUCUCGACGGACAGUUGGGUGCUCGUUUCUGGCGGAGAAGGAAUCUUUGUUCCGCAAAGCGGUCGAUAUUUUGUGAACAGUCACGCUGGUUUAUUUGCGACCUGUAGACACGUGUUGAAUGUCAGCUGGCCCGGCGUGCCGGGAAACCUAACGCUGACAGCUGAACGACCACCGAUAUUGCUCAAUUCAACGGAUGAUCUGAAGUACAACUUCACACACUUCAGACGAUGUGUAUACCAUGAACUAUUCCCCACGGAACAGAAGAUAAAAGCCGAUCCUUCCAUAGAUGAUACUAUUUUAGAUUAUAAUCGCACAGAAGUCUCGUUUGUAAUAAUUACUUUGAUAGUGAUGAUAAUAGGAACUAUAUUCAGUAUGUAUACCUUUGCUAAUCCAAGAUAUACUUUCAAAAGAUUGGCGGGCGGUGUACAUUUUAUAUCUGCUGCUUGCGUUAUGGUUGUGAUCCAAGUUUUAAUUUCGUCAGUUGAAUAUACUAAACAGAACUUGAAGUUUAUAUAUCCUAAAGGAGCGUCUAAUUAUUAUGGAUAUAGUUUCUACAUCGCUUGGUUGGUGCUGAUAGUGAAUUUCGGCAGUGGAAUCGCAUUUCUGAUGUAUUCGAAGAAACGUAAAAACAAACAAGGCUUAGACGAACUGGGAAUGGCCGACGAACCCACGAUAAUGGGGCGAUAAUAAAUAUUUUAUUGUGAGAUUUAUCUAUACAAUGGCAUUAUAUAAAUACAUAUCACUAGA